AUGGCUACUGCAACAAGACUAUCCCCGGUUAAGUUAUUCAUUUUCAUUUUCUUAUUUAGGUUAUUUAACUCCUUGAUUGUUCAAACAUUUUUUCAAGCAGAUGAGUUUUAUCAAGCAUUAGAACCAGCACACAGCUUUAUAUAUGGAUAUGGGUAUGUUACUUGGGAAUGGAAGCAGCAACUACGAUCGUCUAUCCAUCCAUUGAUAUAUGCUGUAGGGUAUAAACUAGCAGGAGAGAAUAAAACAUUGAUUUAUUUUAUUCCAAAGAUCAUUAGUGCAUUAAUUGCAACUAUUGGGGAGUAUAACCUUUACAAGUUUAUUGAAGUUUAUCGUGAUGAAAAGUUAGCAUGGAUAACUUUGAUGUUAUCAUUAUUCAACCCUUUCAAUUGGUAUGUUUCCACCAGAUCGUUUUCAAAUAAUCUAGAAACUGGAUUGACUAUUUUAGCAUUGAGAUACUGGCCUUGGGAUAAGAAAAUAUCCAAACAGUGGUACCUCGGUUUAGGAUUUGGAUUUGUUAGUUGUAUUAUUCGCCCUACAAAUAUUUUAAUUUGGUGUCCUUUGGGUAUUUGGCUAUUGAUAAAUGCACAUAUUACAGUAAAAUGGGCCAUACUAUCAAUUGUUGAAGUUGUUGUAUUAUUUGCUUUGAACACGGGAUUGGAUUAUUACUUCUACCAACAGCUUACAUUCCCUUUGUAUAAUUUUCUUGAAUUUAAUGUGAUUAAAAACUUAUCUAUAUUUUAUGGAACAGCACCAUGGCAUUUCUAUAUUUUCCAAGCAAUUCCUUUAAUGAUGAUGAUUUACUUACCAUUCAUGUUGUAUGGAUUAGAGAAGAGUAUUUUGCUCCUUGCUGGUGCUAUCUACCUUCUUGGGUUUUCAUUGAUCCAGCAUAAAGAGUUUAGAUUUAUUUACCCAUUACACCCAAUAAUGUUGUAUUUUACGGCUAGAGGAUACAAUAAACUAAAACCAAAGUAUGUGAUACUUGGAAUAACUAUUAAUAUUUGUAUUGGAUUGUUUUUCACCAACGUCCAUGAAAGAGGUGUUAUUGAUGUUGUUAAUUAUUUGCAAGACUCUCAAUCAAUUGGGUUUCUAACCCCAUGCCAUUCAACUCCCUGGCAAAGCCAUUUCCAUAAACCAGAUUUAGAUGCGUGGUUCUUGACUUGUGAACCGCCAUUACAUUUAAAUAAACCAAGUUUGGAAGAAGUUAAAGCCUAUAGAGACCAAUCAGAUCAGUUCUAUGAUUCACCAAAAGAAUUCAUCGAUGCUCAUUUGGGACAAGAUUUACCAUUCCCACAACAUUUGAUUGUAUUUGAACCAUUACAAGAGCUUAUAAACGAACAAUUGGGCGGGCAAUAUUCUGAGUGUAAGAGAUUCUUCAAUAGUUAUUUCCAUUGGGAUAGUCGACGAAAUGGUGAUGUUGUCGUGUUUUGUAGGAAUAGGUGA